AUGGAUCGGCGCUAUGAUGAUUCACCCCAUCGCUGGGUCAUCUGUGGCAAUAGCAUCGGCGGUCUCAUUGCGCUCAUGACCGGGGUGAUGCUUCAGCAUCGCCAAGUCACCACGUCGUCCAUUGUUGCCGCCGAUAACCCGAUCGAUACGAUGAAGCAUUACCCGAAAGAGGAGCGCCAGCGCGAUCGCCUCGCUGGACUCGUGCUUUUGAACUGCGCGGGCGGUCUCACGGGUAUUCGAUUUUCCGAGCUAUCGCCGAUUGGUGCGGCUUUGUGGUGGCUCUUCACGACCAUUUUCUUCCGUUCACCGCUUGUUUACUGGCUCUUCGAGCGUAUUCGCAGACCAGCUUCCUUACGACAGACGUUGCGCCAGAUUUAUCGAAACGCCGAGGCCAUCACCGAAGAGCUCAUAGAGAUUCUGCGAGCGCCCGCACAUGACGAUGGUGCUCGUGACGUCUUCGCCGCCGUCCUGCGCGGAGACGCGGGCCCGACGCCGCGAGAGCUCCUCCAACAGCUAUCGCCGGAGAAGCAAGUGCUGGUGCUCUGGGGCCGCGACGAUCCAUGGACUCCCUUCGAUCGAGGGCUUCAUCCGGGUACGGCGUUCCCGAACUGGGUUCCAGUACCAACGCAGCUGCGUCUUAUUUGCAUUGAGGAUUGUGGACAUUGUCCCCAUGACGAUGCACCCGAGCGCGUCAAUGCAGAGAUGUGCACCUUUUUGAGAGAGCUCUGGCUGGUCGAACAAGACCGCCGUGGCCAGCAGACAAGCGAUCUUUGA